CGGACCAUCAGUCACAUGAGCAAACAGUGAAUAGCUUGAAACUGCUUAGGCAAGUUGAGGUUAUUUAUUAGCCUAGCUAGGUACAUAAUACUAUGAUUACGCCACUAUUCGUACCAACUACUUCGAAUGGUAUGACUUAUGAUAUUAGCUUGCUUGGUAUACGUAUUGUAAUGAAACAGCAGUAAGCAGGUCUCGAACCCUCGACCUUCGAGCCCGAGGUCCGGCACGCUAUAUACUGUGCCGCAAAAGCAUGCUCGUGCGGCAGGGUCGUUUCCGCGCUUAUAAAACCAGGGUCUUUACAGUAUUUUAUUGAACACAUAGACACAUUUUCUUAGUUUUAUUAUCACCAUGAUCUGUAGAGCUAUGUGUCGCAGACAACCAAGAUUCGUUUUACUGCUUCAGGGUUUUGGCAUGCUGAUUACAGAUGGCAGUCGAAUGAUUGACAAUAGCCCCCCUUUCCCAAAAAAGUUCAUUUGACAUGCAAUUUCAUCACAGAUAAGAAGCUAGUUGGUUUAACUGAUACCGCUCCUUUGUCGACUGUACUCACACGGUCAUAAAAUAGCCCUAUGAUCCUGCCUGUUACUGAAAAUCGUAAGGAAGUUGUAUAGAACCUGCCAAGGCGAAAGCAUAAUCAGACGUUCCCUAAACAUCAAGCUAUAACCGGAUUAUGACUAGCAGCAGUUCACUGCCACUGGUGGUGCUAUGUAUGGUGCUGCUGGUUCUGGCUGACGUAAGGAUCACCCCCUUCCUGUUUUUUGGUCCCGGUAGUAUCCUCCGAUACCCGUUAUAGUUGACACAACACUUUGUGCGCCAAUAGGCAACAAUUGUACUGGUUCUAGUAAACAAAGGAAGUCAACCGUCGGAGACAGCCUACUGUAUAAUGUAGCCCGAUCUUUCGAGACGCUACAAGCAAAAUAAAUAAUCCUACAGCCUACCCAAUUUUACAGACCAAGUUAACCAGAAAGUGAAAGACAACAUCCCUUCAAUUGCAUCAGCCAUCAUAAGAUCCAUCAUGGAGGUGUCUCACACUGUGGAAACAGAGGAGCUGAUGACAUGCCUCCAGAUCCAGCUCUACCACCCCCAGCAGGCUUCCAGGGCUCUGUACCGCAUGUUGCCUUUGGAAACCAGACACAAGCUCCAGGCCGAGGACCCAGUGAGGCUGGGCCGGGAUGCCCAGGCCUGCACCUUCGUGCUGGCCGACCCCCGUGUCUCCCGCAAGCAGCUGUCCUUGCAGGCCUACCGCACCUCCAAUAGCCCGGACAUGCUAUUUUCUGUGCAGAACCUCAGCCAGAAGGGACGUGUGACUGUCAAUGGGUUUGAGCUGGGGUUCCUGGAGAGGGCAGAGCUGCCUGGUAAGGCCCUGAUACGUUUCGGGGAAUACGAGAUGCUGAUACGCCGUGAGAAUGGAGAGGCAAAGGGGAGCUUUGAGGUGGAGUUUGGGGUGCUGGCAGUACCCCCUUCCAGAGAGAUGGGCAUGGCCGUGCCAAAUAUGGUGCCCGUCAUGGACACAGGCUCAGACCUUUCAACCAAUGGCAUCCCACCACUCAUGAGCCAAGGGCCAAUGGAGAUGGAUGAGACAAUCAUGUACCAAUCAGGCAGGGCGCUUCUUCCAUAAAAUAGUUGUACUACAAUGACAGCCAUAUUGUUUUGAUUAUAUUGUAUUAUUUUCUCUUCAACUAGAAGCAGUUUUCUUGAAAAAUGCUGAUGUUAAACAUUCUGAAAGCUUAAAUCAAAAUGUUGACUGUAUGUGGUGCCAAGCUAUCAGUACCUCAAAUGUUUUUAUAUUCUACCUUUAUAACCCACUCCUCAAGUAUUAUUCACUGUUACGUUAUUUUAUCAAAUGUGAAACUAAAGCUUGUGAAUAUUACCCUUUUUCAUGAUACCCAAAUAAGAGCAAGUAUCAGAAUUCAAUGACGGAUGGGGUUAGGAAAGAUACUGUUUUGUAAAUGUUGAUUAUAAUAGUAAAACUGUUUUAUUUGA